CGCUCUCUCUCUCUCUCUCUCUCUCUCUCUCUCUCGCACGGCUCACACACGAAACCCUUUCCACUCUCCCUCUCCCUCUUCCAUGGAAACCACAAACUCAACACCACUCCAAACUUCCAUCCACCACACCAUUAUGUUAGGUUUUCGACCAAGAACUUACAUUUAUCUACUUCUAUUAGGGUUUUUUUUUGACUUGUGUCUUCGAUGAAAAUUCAGAAAUCUUGAAGGAAUCUGGAUGGGGGAGAAAAAUCUAUUUGGGGAUUUUGAUUUUGUGUUGAUUAAUCAGUUUGUGUUGAUAAAUUUGUUAAUUUUUCUUGAUGGGUCCAAAAAAUCUUCGCCUUGGAGCCUGCGAUGGGACGGCGUAGGGAAGUGCUCCGCCGUAGUGCACUCAAUGGGCUACCGUGUAGGAGCUUAAGAGAGAGAAUAGAUUUCUGCUCCCUCAGUAUUGCUCAUUACCCCAAAAGCAGUGUCCUGCGUUGCCUCCAUAUUUUUUCGUCUCUUCUCUGUGUGUGGUGUGGACUUCUCUUCUGCUUUCGUCAAGGCUUCCAGGCUGUUCGGUUGCGUUCUGUGUGCGUAAAGCUUCUGGGGAGAGACUGUUAUGAUAUUGAUAUUGCAAUAGACAACGUGCUUGGGAAAGAAUUUUGUGAGAAGGUCAAUGAGUACUCGUCGAGUAAAGGGGAAGAAGCUCACAAAAUUGGUGUCAUCCAGUGCAAUCCAGACCACUCUAAACACUUGGAAACAGCACGGAUGCGCCUGUUUGACAUGUUAACUUGCGACCUGAAGACUACUGUGAGAAUAGUUGCAGUCCUACCAUGGAUCUACGUUGUUUAUAUGGAUGCUGCCUGGAACCUUAUUCAGCUUAUUGGAUUCUCUACCUUCAAUGUUCUACUUAUAAAUUACAUCUUUCGCAACUCUCUCAAGCUAAAGGCGAGCAAUGCUGAAACAGUUAUAAAUGUGCACAAAGCAACUAAGAAUUUGGUAUCCUUGAUUCCUCAUAUUUUGUCUAAUGUUCCGGACAUAAAAGUUGCUGAAGUUGAUUGGGGAAGAGGGACUCUUGAUGUUCCUGUUGUUUCAGAAUUACGGAUAUUGGCAGAGUGGUCAGAUGAUGUUCUUGGCAGUGUAAGCCAUGAGGUUGAGGUCAAUGAGCAAGUCCCUUCUACGGUGGUUCAAUUUCAUUUGGGUUUAUCUUGUUUGUUGAAGUUUGUUGCUAUUUGCUUCGGUUUCUCGAACAUUGUUGUGGGUUUGUCGCUAAUUUGA